UAAUUUAUUAUAUAAUAAUAAUUUAGCAUCAAAAUAAACUUGUCGAUGAAAAUGUAUUUGGAGAACACUUGUGUAGAAUAGAAGUUGUAGUCUGCAACAGUUUUACAUGUGCAAAAAUAGCAUCUAAGUUAGAUCUUUAGAAGAAGGUCUACAUGUGGCAUCGCAGACACAUUUUUCUCUUCUGUCCCCUCCUCUUUGCUUUGGUAUAAGUUUCACAUCACCUUUCUUUCACAUUCUCUAACUAAUCCAUUUUCAUAUAAUGAUUAAAUAACGAAUUUCAGUAAAUAAUAAUUCAAUAUCGAAAAUAAGAUCCAAAUUUUUCAUAUAAAAAUGAAAAAGCUAACAAAGUAAUCGCUCAAAAUUUGUGGAGACAAGAUGGGCUGGAGACAAAGAAGAUCCACCAAGGAGUUGGAUGGCUCAAAUGGAAUUUGGCUAAUGGCGUCGAGUGUCUCUAUAUGUUAUUGUUAGGUUUACUCAUUUGUCCCGUGAAGUAGGCAACAAUCAAUUACUCCUUAGAGGAGCAUAUACUUUAGUCUAGUCUCAUCAUUAAGCUAAUGUAUUUUGCUAGGCUUCAUGAUAUACGUUGCUUCUCAAUUAUUUGUUCAGAUAAAUUCAAAUCUCAAUUUAGUUAGUAUAAAGAUUACCGUGCAUGUUAUAUUACUUUCUAUUAUAUGAAGAAACUAUAUUAUUUUAACUUUCUAUUCCAGUGAACUUUUUUAUGUAUGGGUAAAAUUACCUUUUAAGUUUUAAGAACAAACUAAGUUUCCUUAUGAAUAAAUGGUUGAGAGACAGAGAAUGUCGUGACCUUCUUGUGACUUUAGGGUGUCCGUAUCUUUCUGCCUGCAUAACUCAUCACUGGACACAACUUCCACGAAUAAGUCCAAACACGAUUAAUUGCGAAUUAAAUAUAUAAAAAAUCUGUCGUCCUUGCGUUAAUUAUUAAAGUUUUUUCUUCUCAUCGCGAAUCAAAUAAUACAUAUAUUAAUAAAGAGUAAGAGCAUGUUUAUUGCGGUUGUUUAGGAGAGUUGCUUAGGUAAAUUAGGAUUAAAAAUAAAUGAAAAACAUGAAUUAAGCAAAGGGGCGUUGCCUAAUUAGUACCGUGAAGCGUCCGUCCCUCGGUGCCACGCGUCGGAGCUUCAUUGGAUAGAGGAGAGAGAGAGGACACGGAUUGCGUCUCUUUUGUUCUUUUCGUUUUUUCUUCUUUCUUUCUUCCUUCUCUCUUCUCCGAGGCGAUCAAAUGGCGAUUUCACUUCUUGACGGUGGCUCUCCUCACCGAAACGGUAUCUCUCUCGGUGGGGCUUGUCGGCCAAUGAAAACGGCGUUCUUCUGUCGGUUCCUCUCCUCGACCAAGGAAAACAGCGAGAUCCCCUCGUGGUGGCUCUUCUCCGAGGAAGCAAAACGGUGACUGCUGAUGCUCAGACAAAUCGAAAGGUAAAGGUGAAUUGAUCAAGAGACAUGAUCGAGGCUGGAACUUUCUCUUUGUCAGACAAAACACCCACGAUAGUUAAUGAAGGUGGAAAGAGUUCACGGGAGUGGAGCUGUUGUCAAUGACUGGUCACGAGAGUGGAGCUGUUUCUUGUCUUGUAGUGGUCACGAGAGUGGAAGCUUUCGUAGUGGUCAUGUUGUUUUCUAGUGGUCACGAGAGUGGAAGCGUUUGUAGUGGUCAUGUUUCAUGUCAUAAAACAUGGUCAUGUUGUUUUGUAGUGGUCACGAGAGUGAAAGCUUUUGUAGUGGUCAUGAGAGUGAAAGGUUUUGUAUUUUUGGUCACGGGCACUAGUUGGUCUAUUAUAUAUUGCAAGAGUAGCAGCGUAGUUCUCACAUCUCUCUCCAUUCUCUCCAUUGUAUUUCUAAAUCAAGUCUAUUUUCUAUUCUCACAUCUCUCUCCAUUCUCUCCAUUGUAUUUCUAAACCAAGUCUAUUUUCUAUUCUCACAUCUCUCUCCAUUCUCUCCAUUGUCUUUCUAAACCAAGUCUAUUUUCUAUUCUCACAUCUCUCUCCAUUCUCUCCAUUAUCCCAUGGCAUCUUCUUCUCACAAAAAUUUUCAUGACUCGUUUGAUGAAGAAUAUGAUCAAUUUUUUGAUCAAUAUUUGGAUCAGACAUUCGAGAAUUUAAUCAUUGCUAACGGUGAUCAAGAAGGCCAAAAGAAGACAAGAAAAAAAAGAGUUUUUAUCGAAAGAAACCGUGAAGAAGGUCAUUUCCGGUUGUGGAAUGAUUAUUUUAGUGACACUCCAACAUAUCCAGAAAAUCUAUUCCGGCGACGAUUUCGCAUGAACAAACCAUUGUUUAUGCAUAUUGUUGAUCGUCUCUCAAACGAAGUGGAAUUCUUUCGUCAAAAGAAAGACGGUCUCGGAAGGCUUGGUCUCUCUACACUUCAGAAGUGUACGGCAGCCAUUCGUGUGUUGGCAUAUGGUUCUGCGCUUGAUGCGGUGGACGAAUACCUCAGGCUCGGUUCAACCACUACUCGGUUAUGUGUGGAAAAUUUUGUGGAAGCAAUAAUAGAUUUGUUCGGCGAUCAGUACCUAAGAAAACCAACACAAGAUGAUCUUCAACGUCUACUUCAUAUUGGAGAGCUUCGUGGAUUUCCCGGGAUGAUAGGAAGCAUCGAUUGUAUGCAUUGGGAGUGGAAGAAUUGUCCCACCGCUUGGAAAGGGCAAUAUGCUCGUGGUUCUGGAAAACCGACUAUCGUUUUAGAGGCGGUGGCUUCAUAUGAUCUUUGGAUAUGGCAUGCAUUUUUUGGACCUCCAGGUACCUUAAAUGAUAUCAAUGUUCUUGAUCGUUCACCUGUUUUUGAUGACAUAAUAAAUGGUCAAGCUCCGCAAGUGAAUUUCUCGGUCAACGGAAGAGAUUAUCAUUUGGCUUACUAUCUCACCGAUGGCAUUUAUCCAAAAUGGGCCACCUUUAUCCAAUCUAUUCCAAUUCCACAAGGGCCUAAAGCAGUUUUAUUUGCUCAACGACAAGAAGCUGCCCGAAAAGACGUCGAACGUGCUUUCGGAGUCUUGCAAGCUCGAUUUGCCAUUAUUAAAAAUCCGGCACUUUCUUGGGAUAAAGUCAAGAUUGGAAAGAUUAUGAGAGCAUGUAUCAUACUCCAUAAUAUGAUAGUGGAAAAUGAACGAGGUGACUACAGUCUACACGAUGUUUCUGAUUUUCAACAAGGCGAAGGAAGCGGAAGUUCACAUGUCGAUCUCACAUAUUCAACAGAUAUCCCUACUAAUAUCGCCAAUAUGAUGGGUGUUCGAACAAGAAUUCGUGAUAGACAAAAACAUCAACAACUAAAGGAUGAUUUGGUUGAACAUUUAUGGCGUAAAUUUGGACGUGAUCAAGAUACCAACUGAGUUUCGAUGUCUCUUUCAAAUUAUUAUCGUUUGUUUUAGUAAUCUUUGUGUUAAUGCUUUUAUGUUUGUAUUUUAAAAUUGUUGUUUAAAAUGUUAUGUUUAACUAUGUUUAAUUUAAUUAAUAAAUUUUAUCUUCUUAAAAAAAAUUAUGUUUAAAAAUUAAUUUAAUAUUUUUUUAUUGUUAAGCAACUUAAGUUAAGCAACUACCAAUAAACCAGUUUCAUUAAGUGUUUCUUAAUAUUAUCUCUUAGCCUUACUUUAAUAUUUAAAUAUUCUUUAACAACCACCUAAGCAACACUAAAGGUUGUUAGCAAUAAACAUGCUCUAAAUGGCUUCAGUGAACCAAAUAUAUAAAUCCUAAAUAUGGGCAUAAGAUUAGGGAACUUUUGGAAGCACUUCAUAGGUCAGCGUAACCAUUUUUUUUAACAAGAAAUUUAUUCAGUCUCUCUAGUUAGUACAAGAGUAUCUACGGGAAACACGGUAGUAUCAAAUAUAUAAUUACGGAAAAUGGCAUAGUACCUACUAUAUAUUACUAGAAGCAAUUUUUCGGCUACCAGUAGAGCUGCACGAGUAACUCAGUAAGUCCAAGAACUUUUCCAGAUAUGGUGAAAAUAGCGUCUAUGACUUCUCUCAAAACUCUAAAAGAAAUGUAUCACACGUGUGUAUCUACAAUCAGGUUAAAUUACAAGUCAAACUUUAACAUAGUGUUCGUCCUUGAUAUACGGAAUUGCGGGAACGAUAACGAAAUUAAACUAAUAUAAGACUUACGCUUCCAAAUAUCUUUGAGAUAUGUACUUAUCAACUGUUAUAGGUCAAAAAGAAGGACACACGAUCAACUACACAGAUUAGGGAAAAAAAAAAGAACGGUGUUGGUGGAGAUAUAGCGAUCAUAUUUAAAUUAAUAUUUGAUGAUAUGUUUGGAGUAUUGACUAAAUGAUGGACUUGACGACCUAAAUGUUGGACAAUCAAACGAAUGCAAUGAUAAACAAUCCAAACCGAGCUUAGUUGAUGCUUACUACCGGUGUUCAACUCCUUAAUUAGCCUACUUCAGUUGCAAGUCGUGUUUUGCAUUUUUGCAAAAAAGUGACAUAAUUAUUUUCUUAGUAUUAUAAAAAAAUCGGUAUAGAAGUAUUUUUCGUAGAUAUUUUCGUUUUCAAUGCUCAAUGUAGUAAUACCAACUAAACUUCUUUUUGUUUUUGUUUUGAACUUUACCAACUAUACUUUCUGUAAGGAGGAUAAUUGAUAUAGUCCUCUUGGGAAGAUGAUAUUGUAUUAACAAAAAAGAAAAAAAAGAGAAAUUCUAAUAAUGUGAGAAUUAUUAAAAACAAAACGUAAUUCGAAGACAAUUUACAAAAACAUAAAUAGACACACAAAUAAGCAAUUCGUAUGAAAUAAACACAAUUAAUGCUUUAGCAUUUAAAUACAAAUCACAAAACAAAUUAUUAAAUCCAUGAAUUUUCAUAGAAAUCAAUGAAGUUAAAAACAAAACAAAUGAUACGUUCAUCUAUGUAAUGCACUGAGGUCCUUUAGUUCUACUUACUACAGUACACUAUUUUACGCAUCUAACUUUUUUUUUGUUAUUCUUGUUCUUCAUCAGCAAUGCAACAAGUAUAAUCUCUGACCAAUGAGACGAGUCCACAUGGACGUUGUCAGAAAACAGAGUAAAAAGUGACGUCAAUUCCAUUGGUCCAUAAUGAAAGCACGCGAGACUCAACAUGGGCAAUCUUCCUAAUGCAGUAAUACGAACACACAUUCCUCUGUCAGUCACUCUGAGUUGUCUCAGAAAACAAACUUUGGAUAUUGCAUACGUAUUCUUAUUUCAAAAUUUGCUCCCAUUCUAAAUGUGGGAAUAACUUCUUCAUAUAUAUCUUUCAAUACAAACUUUUAUAUAAUAACGAAUGCAAGUUACAAAAAAAAAAAAAAUUUAUAUAAUAUAUUUUAGAAA